CCGACGCACCCAUUUGAAGAGGCGAAAGUUGCAGUUCGAUAACCGCCACAAAUUUUACCAGUUGCUCAAAAAAAGAUGAAAGCUCUUAUUUUUGUCAGCUUUUUCUUCCUGGUAUUUCAAGUCUUUCAGUCUUACGGAUCUUCUGACGUUGAAAAAAGAUAUUUAGCAGCUUUGGCAAAAAAUGGCCGUCUUCCUAAAUUUGCAGCUCAGAAAAAAGAUUCCGUAGAAUAUUCAAGUGUGGAAACAACUUUCCCAAAUGGAAUAAAAGUUGAUGAAUACCCAAAAGAUUCCUUUGUGGAAGAUAAAAGAAACGUCGGAGCUUUUCUUAGGUCGCGAGGGAAACCAAAAUUCUUGUCCAACAAACGUUUCGACGAAAGUGAUAACGCCGACCCUUCUGAAAGUGUGACUAGCGAAGAGAAGAGAAAUGUAGCUUCUUUAGCUCGGUUGGGUAGAUUAAACGCAAUGCGUUACGGCAGUUAUCAUCCAUAUGACGUAGGCGAGAAAAGGGUCACUAGUGAAGACAAAGGGCAAAGCGAUGCAGUAAGUAAUAAUGAUGAAGAUAAUUCAAUCAGCCUUAUAGAUGAUCCUGAUUGUUACGAAACGGAUGAUGAAAGCGAACGUGAAGCACGAAAUGAAGACAAUGCUAACUGGGAAAAAAGAUACGUGGCAGCUCUCGCUAGAUCAGGUAGGCUUCCAAUAUGGCAUCCUCAAAGAAUGUGGUGGGGUGGCAAGCGAUAUGACUCGAAGCCUUACUGGUCAGAUUCACAAGUAGUAAGUGAGAGUAACGACGAAAAUGCCAUUGAUGACGCAGCUUUUGUCGAUCCUAAAAUGAAGAAAUGCAGAUCUUACGAUUACCAGGUUGAAAAAAAGAACAUAAGAGCCCUAGCAAGAGAUGGAAAAUUACCAACGUUUAUUAAUGGAAAACGAAACAUUGCAGCUUUAGCUCGGGAUGGUAAGCUUAGGGGAUCGACAAACGACAAACGUAAUAUAGCUGCUUUGGCUAGGGAUGGAAUACUCAGGGUAUCUUCAAGUGACAAGCGUAACGUUGCUGCUUUGGCAAGAGAUGGAAAACUACGAAUGCCAUAUGAUAACAAGCGCAACAUUGCAGCUUUAGCCAAAAAUGGAAAACUGCCAAGAUUCACUGACGAAAAGCGCAAUAUUGCAGCUUUAGCUCGUGAUGGGAAAUUGCGUAUGCUGCCAAAUGCUUAAAGGGCUUACGAUCGGCAUGUGGUAAGAUACAGUUAAUAUUGUGAUUUUAUUUACAUCACUGCUUGCUUGUUUUUCUUUGAAGAGCAAUCAUUUCCUCUGCAUUAAAAUUAUGAACAUUUCAAGUUGAAAGACUAAUUGAGAUAUGUUUUAUCGCUUCACAAAUUUAAUACAUCGAUAAAUUACGUUGUAUAGUGGGUUUUAUUUCCUAAUGUAUGUUAAAAGUAGUCAUAUUUUUUUUCUGAAUGCUGAAUUGUAACUUCAAUGAGAUGUCAUAAUAA